UUUCCUUUCCUGUUACUGUUCAUGAAUGGGAAAGCGAUCGACCGUUACAUGUUCAGCCUAGACACAAUGUCUUUUUUGACCCGAGCAAAGAAAGUACGCGGUAUCACCAAAGAAAAGCCGAAGCCAGCUCGGUUCUGAAAAUAGGUAUUUCUUUAAAGAAUCACCAUAUCGGGACAGAACACGAUGAUAACACCCUGAUCCCUGCAUAUAAAAAACGUAUAUUUUUCUGGAACAAAUCUCUUGUUUCCUCAUUCACUUCAACACCAACCACCAAAAACAAUCCGAAUCACACCAUGUCAACACCAGCAUCAUCGACGCCAGACGCACCUAUCGUCUCAAAGAUCACACAGGAGAUCAAGCACGAGGUCAAGCAGGAGGUCCGCGAACUGGAGGAAGGCCAGGUCGACACAGUUGAGACCAAUGCCCGUUAUCUCGCUUACCUCGCUCGUUACAAGAAUCUGUUCGUCGCUUCGUCUCGUUAUCUCGCUUACUCUUCUGAUGUUGGUGAAGCUUUCCGUCCUGUUACCACGCCUCUCUUCGUCAAUGCCAUGUAUGGAGUUUCCUUUGCAUAUGUUGGUUUCGAUGUUGCAUAUGAGGGAUACAAGGCCAAGAUGGCAGGAGCACCCAAUGACGCUGUUGGAAUGACGGUCUUGAAAAGAGGAAUCUUCCAGGGUCUCGCCAGUUUACUCAUGCCUGCCAUUACUAUUCACACUGUCGUCCAUCAAUCAGCGAAAAUCUUCAAGAACAGCGCCAAUGUCACUCUGAAGAGAUGGGGUCCCACAGCCAUCGGUAUCUGUGUCGUCCCUGCACUGCCAAUCAUGUUUGAUCACCCCAUCGAGACCGCAGUCGACAAGGUCUUUGAGAUGCUCGAAGGUGGCGGAGGAAAGACAUUGCCCAUGAACCCUGCAGACAAGCAAAAGGUCUUGGAUGCCACCCUCAACAAGGAGAAGGUCGAAUAGAUAGAGCCUCUCCGUUUCUUCCACAAAAAACCAUACGCUUAGAAAGAUGUUGCAGUACCCUCUGCUAAUGAUCCAUGAACACAUCGAUGUAAUAUAGAUAAAAGGCGAGAACAAUAGAAUUGCAUUGACUGAC